CUGGCACACGGACGUCAAAUCAAAUCACCUCCCCUUUCAGAUUUGGGGGUUGUUAAUUAGGGUUUAUAGAUAGAUCUGUAGGGAGAAAAAUAAUUAAAACUAGCAAUCUUUUUUACUGUAUUUUGAUAUAGAGAGUGCCUUUUGGAUUCAAAAUUUGGGGAUAGUUGUAGGGUUUGUAUCGAUUUAGCAGAUCGUUUAUACUACUAGUGGUAUAAUUCCCUUUGAUAAAAAUCAGAAAUUUAUAGUAGGAGAUAAGAGUGUUAGGGCUUGGAAUUGAGAUCGAAAGAGUAACUUUGGGCUGCCAAUGCGAUUUUUUUCACUUUCAAAGAAGUUUUCGGUGAUUUUUCAGACGCCGAAAAACCUGGAGUGCAAUGUCUUGGGCAGGUCCUGAAGAUGUCUAUCUAUCUACUUCUCUUGCAAGCUAUCUUGACAAGAAACUUUUGGUAUUGCUAAGAGAUGGUAGGAAGCUGUUGGGGAUACUUCGGUCUUUUGAUCAAUUUGCUAAUGCUGUUCUUGAGGGGGCUUGUGAACGAGUAAUUGUUGGUGAUCUAUAUUGUGAUAUCUCACUAGGUCUUUAUGUAAUCCGUGGAGAGAAUGUUGUUUUGAUUGGCGAGCUGGAUCUGGAGAAGGAAGAACUCCCUCCUCAUAUGACACGGGUUUCUGAUGCUGAGAUAAAAAGGGCUCAGAAAGUGGAAAGGGAUGCUACAGAUCUGAAGGGUUCAAUGAGAAAAAGGAUGGAGUUUCUUGAUAUGGACUAAUUAAGUAAGCUUAUGAUUGAUUUUGAAUGUCAGUGGCAUGUCUUCUGCAAAUAUUAAAAAGCAAAGCUCCUGAUGUCUCAUAUCAUCUCAUCUUUUUUCUCAAUAUAUUCAAUUGCAUGGUUUCCUUCCUUUCAUAAGGUAACUAACUAACUGCCCAUUGUGGUGUGGGGUUUAAUUAUGGGGUGGGUUUGAAUUUUGAAAUGAAAGUGGUGUGGUGGAUUUGGAUAAAGAUGUAAUGUAGGAGAUCUUGGAAGAAUACUUCCUUGGGUUUUGUCAUCAAUGUGUACAUUUUGUUUGGUAUUCUGCAAUUCUUGACGAUUGUGCA